UUGCACAUUUCCCCAACAGGUUCAUCUCCAGAGCUACAUAAAACAGAUGAAUUUGGCCAAUCACACUCAGGUGACAGGAUUUCUCCUCUUGGGUCUCUCCCAAGCAUGGGUGCUCCGGAUUUUCUUCUUUGUGCUGUUUCUCAUUGUAUACUUGUUGACAGUCAUGGGGAACCUGCUCAUUGUGGCCAUUGUAUCCUCUGACCCUCACCUGCACACAACCAUGUAUUUUCUCCUAGCCAACCUCUCCUUCCUUGACUUCUGCUACUCUUCUAUCACUUCCCCCCGAAUGCUAGCUGACCUGCUCUCUGGGAACCCAACCAUCUCCUUUGGGGGCUGCCUUACACAGCUCUUUUUUUUCCACUUCAUUGGGGGCAUCAAAAUCUUUCUACUCACAGUCAUGGCGUAUGAUCGCUAUGUUGCCAUCUCCCAACCACUACGCUACCCUCUCAUUAUGAAUCAGGGAGUUUGUGGACUCUUUAUGGCAGGCUCCUGGGUGGGAGGCUUUGUCCACUCAAUAGUUCAAAUUGCCCUGACUGUUCAGCUCCCAUUUUGUGGACCCAACAAAUUAGACAACUUCUACUGUGAUGUGCCCCAGCUGAUCAAGCUGGCUUGCACAGAUACUUUUGUACUGGAGCUGCUAAUGGUCUCCAACAAUGGUCUGGUCACUUUGAUGUGCUUCCUGAUACUCUUGGGAUCCUACACAGCUCUUCUUAUCAUGCUUCGGAGCCAUUCCCGGGAGGGCCAGAGCAAAGCAUUGUCCACCUGUGCCUCCCACAUUGCUGUGGUGACCCUGAUCUUUGUUCCUUGUAUCUAUAUUUAUGCCCGGCCCUUUCGGACUUUCCCUAUGGACAAAGCAGUCUCUAUUCUGUACACCAUGGUUACCCCCAUGCUCAAUCCUGCAAUCUAUACCCUGAGGAACAAGGAAGUGAUUGAAGCCAUGAAGAAAUUAUGGAGGCGGUACAUAUUCAUAUGGGGGAAACAAGAACAAUAAAUCAGCAGCUUUUAGUGGGAAGAUGUAUUUGAGAAUAAUCAGUGUCUAAAGGAUGUUUUUUAGAUUAAAAAAGCCUCUGAAAUAGCUAGACUACAUUGCUCAUCGUUUUUCUAUGUUCCUGGGAUGGUUCAAUUUCAGACAUGUGAAAAAAAAAUCUGAUAUGCACUUUUAGACUGGCUAAAACUUGCAAUCAUGGGUAAGGGAUGCUAUCCCUGAGGUUUA